AUGUCAGAAUUUCGCAACUCCUUGAUCCUCAUGGCCUACAUCAUCAUCUUCCUCACUGGUCUCCCUGCCAACCUCCUGGCACUGCGGGCCUUCGUGGGGCGGGUCCGUCAGCCCCACCCUGCCCCCGUCCACAUCCUCCUGCUCAGCCUGACGCUGGCGGACCUGCUGCUGCUGCUGCUGCUCCCGUUCAAGAUCGUGGAGGCUGCUCAGGGCCUCCGCUGGCAUCUGCCCGUGGUGCUCUGCGCCCUCACGGGCUUCGGCUUCUACAGCAGCAUCUACUGUAGCACAUGGCUCCUGGCAGGCAUCAGCAUCGAGCGCUACCUGGGAGUGGCUUUCCCCGUGCAGUACAAGCUCUCCCGCCGGCCCGUCUACGGCGUGAUUGCCGCUCUGGUCGCCUGGAUCAUGUCCUUUGGCCAUUGCACUGUUGUGAUCGCGGUGCAGUACUUGAACUCGACCCAGCAAGCCACGAACGAGAGCAUGUUUGUCUGCUAUGAGAAUUUCACCAAACAGCAGCAGGAUGUGGUGCUUCCUGUGCGGCUGGAGCUCUGCCUUGUCCUCUUCUUCAUCCCCAUGGUGGUGACCAUCUUCUGCUACUGGCGCUUUGUGUGGAUCAUGCUCACCCAGCCCAAUGUGGGGACCCAGAGGCGGCGCCGAGCCGUGGGGCUGGCUGUCGUGACGCUCCUCAACUUCCUGGUGUCCUUCGGACCUUACAACAUCUCUCACCUGGUGGGGUUUCACACUGGACAAAGCCCCGCAUGGCGAAUGGAAGCAGUGCUAUUCAGUUCGCUCAACGCCUCUCUAGACCCCUUGCUUUUCUACUUCUCUUCCUCGGCGGUGCGCAGGACCUUCGGCAAAGGGCUGCAGGUGCUGCGGGAUCAAGGCUCGUCCUUGCUGGGAUGCAGGUGCAGACACACGGAAGAGGUGACCAGUGGGGACAGAAGCGUGAACAAAGCAGAGGGAGUGCCCAGUUCUGACUUCACCACAGACUAG